GCAAAGGCAUUGCGGUUGUCCAAGGGCAGAGGAAGGUCGACAUUAAUGUGCCAAAGUAACACCUCACGGCUAACGAAAACGACGAGCAACCCAAGUCCUGCCCCUGUUCAAGAUGUUGAUGAUGACUUGUUUUCGGGAUUGGAUUGGGACUCUUUGGACGCUGAGGCUGCCGUUGUGACGGAGGAGCAAACAUCUGUGAAAGAUAAAAAAACCCGAUUUGCCCCCGAGAAACGCAGCAUUGUACCAGCGAAGACGAAUUCAGAUCAACGGCCUGCUAGAAGGAACGACACACCCAUAUCCGCUCCAGCACUUGAGCACUCUGUUCUUGUUAAAACUGCGUCCAAGAUGGUGCCUCGUCCCUCUGUGGUCGACUCUCUUACUGAACGCGUUCCCAAGACAGCAGCUCAAACACCUGUUGUCGACCUUACUACAAUACUCGGUCCCGAGACGACGCCUCAAUCACCUGUAGAUAAGUUUGUUGCUAAAGCCGUCCCAAAGGUGACACCUCGCCCAGUCGUGAUCGAGGCGCCUACUUCUUCCCCCGACUUCUUCGAAGAAAUGGACAUCGUACACGGUCGUAUGGACGAGCGCCUCCGCGUUUCCAGACCGCCACCUCCUGCGAAACCUACCAAAGCCGCCCAGCGUAAACGUGCAACUCCCAAAACGCCGAAAGAGCCACGACAGCCCAAGGCCGCUCGCGCCAAAGCUACGCCGAAAGCGAAGCCAUCCGAUCCCACCCCAGCUCCCGCCCCUAUUUCCAAAUCAGCAAAAACAGCAGUCUCAGCAAAGCCUCCGAAGCCACCAAAAUACACACACCUUGAACCUGACCUGAUAGAAGGCCCACCGCCCCUACCUGCAGUACCUUCCCCAACUAAAGACUCACCCACAGCCCGCCCCUUCCGCCGCGUGGUCUCCGAGAACGACGUACCAAUCCCCUCGACAGCAGGCGCGUGGGAAGAACUAAAUGCGGCCGCAACCGACCUCAUCUCCAACCCCCCGAUUCCGGCUCCUGCGAAACCCAAACGCAAGCUCCAGCGCUCCAAGAGUCUUGCUGUAGGUACUGGAGCGAAGAAACUCAAAGUGGCGGUUGUGGAGAAGGAAAGGGAGCCCAUUCUUCCUCCGCCCCCACCUAUAGAUCACGACGUGGGAGCGUGGAGCACAGAGGCGUGUGACUUGUUUGAUUGGAGGCCGCCGGGGUGGAGGGACGAGGAGGGCAAUGAGGUUGGGAAGAGCGGGAUGUUGGUCGGGGUUGGGUGAUGUUAAGGACGUAAAGGGUGCGGCCAAGGACAAACUAAGCUGACAUGAGAUGGAUGCGAUGAGACGGAAGGUAUGAUAUCGAAUGGUUUAUCUUUAGCUGGGAUGAUUACGUGUAAGGGAUACGCUGGAGGUGGAAUGGGUGAGAUCUAUGUUACGAUACCCUUUCUUCACGUAUCUCCAGGUCAAUAUCAAUACCACUCAUUGGAAGAACCACUUUAGAAGCAUUACGUGCAAGCUCUCGCGCCU